AAUGUCAAACAGUUGACAUUUCCUAGAAAUAUUUGCUGUCAACUGUGAACAUUUUGUCUAUCUCAGAAAUUCUUCAUUCGAAGGGUUCAAGAAGCUCUCGAUAACACAGUUUCCCCUUGUGAUAAUUUGUGGAAAGCAACUUGUGGGGGAUGGCUGAAACAAUACCCUUUACCGAAAGACAAAAGUAUAUGGAACAUGAAGCAGCAGUUAGUGCGACGAGAGACAGAAAGAGUUCGAGAUAUGAUAGCAACCCUUAAAUUGCCUCUACGCACGAGCACCGUGGAAUGGAAACUCAAGCAUUUGUAUGAAGGCUGUGUGGAUGUGGACACGCUCAGGGUUGAAGGAGAGAGGCCGCUGAAGGACAUUAUUAACGAACUAGGUGGAUGGUACAUCCUCAGAGAUUUCAACGAUGCCGAUUUCGAUAAAAACGAAGUCAUAAAAACGCUACAAGUGAAACAUGGCGUCACUCCUUAUUUCAAAAUAUCCGUUCAGCCUAAUCCCAACAUGCCCGGUCAAAACAUCAUUAGAAUAUCGCCGUCAGGGCUAGGACUGCCCGACAAGGAAUAUUAUUAUAGAGACCAAGAUGAUCCGGUUCAAAUUGCUUAUAGAGAAUACAUAAGAGAUGUAGUUAUAUACAUGAGCACCGCUAGAAACGAAGCGACGAAAUUUGGCACGGACAUGUUCUUCUACGAAAAAAGGAUCGCCGAAAUAACUCCGGAUACGAUGAGUUUACAAAAUCCAAUAACCACAUACAACGCCAUUUCGUUAUCGGAACUAAGAGAUACUAAUUCAAUUCCAUUUUUCGAUAUAUUGCAAGCCAUGUAUCCAGAUUCGAAUAUCACCGAUAAUACGGAAGUGAUUGUCAGUUCUUUGGAAUAUUUAGGACAAAUAUCUCAAAUAAUAGCCACCACUGACAGAAAAACCAUGAACGGGUACCUGACUUGGACUCUAGUCAGACAUUAUAUCCCCUAUUUAUCUAGUACUUACACUUCGGCUUUGGAUACGUUCACAUCUGCGCUUUACGGUAUGCAACAACCUUUGGAAAGGUGGGAAAUGUGCGCGGGAUUAGUCAGAAGAUUUAUGGGGUUCGCGGUGAACUACUUCGAGGAAAAAAAUCAUCCCAUUACGAAAAAUUCAAUGCGAACCAUCAACGACACAUUUGCUUCAAUUGUUAGUGUUGUAAAAAAUAAGAUUGAAACAUUUCCACAGACGUCAUUACUCUACAACCAUCUGAAGAGCAAGUUAUCAACACUAUCUCUCCAGGUUGGCAUUCCAGAAAACACCAAGGAGGAAAAAUAUCUCAAAGACUACUAUCUGAAACUGAAAAUAUUAAAGUCGAAUUUAUUCGACAGUGUGCAAAACAGUGUUGGUUUCCAAAAGAAAUUGGAAGAAAGAAGACUGAAUAAAUCACCCGUAGAAGACUCGAUUUUAUCAUAUGUUUUAGCUGAAGUGCCCGUAGUGGAAUAUUCUCCUGCUGAUAAUGCUGUUAUCAUUCCGAGGAUUUUGUUGACUGAACCAUUCUUCGAGGAAAACUAUCCCAGUUCCAUUAUAUAUGGAAGACUGGGAGUAGAAAUAGCAGAAGCAGUCGUUUCCUCGAUCUUCCCUUAUGACAGUUUAUGGACAUCCGAUAGGAAAAUUCUUUCACCAUACCACAUGACAGUCGAAGAAUCAAUAAAGAGCGUUCAACCGAGUUUGAAAUGUAUUGAGAGUCAUAUUUCGAAUUCAAACUGGAACCUCAGCCAGGUUGCAUCAAACGAAACUGCAUUGAAGACUUUGAUCCACGUGAUGGCUGUUGAUGUGGCAAAACAGGCUUUGAUUUCUUCGUUGGAACAGACUGAACAUACUCACCAACCUUCUCUAGAGCGGUACGAAGAUACUGCAUUAUUUUUCAUAGCUUACUCCCAGACUCAGUGCUCAGAAUCCACCACUCAACAACAGUUGUAUGAAAAUAUAGUCAACUUUGAGUUACCACAAUAUGUCAGGUAGGUGUUUUCAUUAUCAGG